GCAACAUAGUUGAAUCGUCGCCAUUUCUAAAGAAAAUUUUUCUGCAAGCGGUUAAGCACAAGCUAUAUUUUGUGCUGGGGGAGAAUGACUAAUAUCGGAGAUCUUUUUACAAAAUAUAAUUGCACGAAUUGCCAAGACGACAUUUCUGGGAUUCGUGUUCAUUGCGCAGAAUGUGAAAACUUUGAUUUAUGUUUGCAAUGUUUCGCUUCUGGUGCGGAGAUCGGUGCACAUCAAAACAAUCAUGCAUACCAAUUUAUGGACACGGGUACAGCAAUUUUAUCCGUAUUUCGCGGAAAGGGAGCUUGGACGGCUCGAGAGGAGAUAAGGCUGCUGGAUGCCAUAGAACAGUAUGGAUUCGGAAACUGGGAAGACAUUAGUAAACAUAUAGAGACCAAGUCAGCUGAAGAUGCCAAAGAAGAAUAUGUUAAGCGUUUUGUGAAUGGCACGAUUGGCCUACACACUUGGACACCCGCUCAAUCACAACGACCUCUGUUGGUGGACCAUACGUCUGAAGACAAUGGGCCUUUGGGCUCCACUGCUUUGCAGCGUUUGCCUCCAUUAGAUAUUACCAACGAGGAGGCCGCGCAAUUGGGGUACAUGCCAAACCGGGAUGGCUUUGAAAGAGAAUAUGAUCCAACGGCAGAACAGUUAAUAUCAACAAUGGCACUCAGUAGCGAAGACAUUGAAGCUGAUUAUUUAUUGAAAUUGGCACAUGUUGACAUGUAUACAAGACGUCUGCGUGAGCGCGUGCGUCGUAAGCGCUUAGUGCGUGAUUAUCAGUUGGUAGCGAAUUUUUUUCGCAACCGCAAUUAUGCCCAGCAUCCGGGCAUGACACGCGAACAAAAAGAAUUUCGUGAUCGUUUCCGUGUUUUCGCACAAUUUUAUACUGCUAACGAAUACGAACGUCUAUUAAUGUCACUUGAACGCGAAAAAGAGCUGCGAAUACGAUUGGCUGAGUUAUGUCGCUAUAGAUAUAACGGACUGACUAAAAUCGAUGAAUGCCGCCACUUUGAACAACAUGCAGCCAUGGCAUUGAAUCGCUCAACUGGGCCAUACGGCCAUGGAAAGACUGACCACACGCAGCCCAGCAUUGGAAGUCGUCGGCAGCCAAGCUCUUUCUUACACUCUCCGCAACCCAGCAGCCGAAAAGUAGAAAUGUUAAACGGAAGCGAGGCAAGUCUAAAUUCAAUCGCGUCAAGAAACACGCACCACACCGGCGACCUGAUCUCCUCCGGCGCAUUAUUGCACAACAGAAAUUACUCGGAUAGCUGUCGGGAAUCGUCGGUUCAUACGACGAUAUCGCCAGCGGGGAUGAUAGUGGGAGUGGGCAUGAUGAACACGACGAUGACAGCAACAAAAUUGUCGAACGGCAAUCUACAACCAUUGGCUGCAACACCGCAGCACUCAACGAUGUUAAUAAAAAACCAACAACCACCACAGUUACAAAUAAACGACGUCGCCGUAAACGAAAAACAACAACUACAUCAACUAUUGUUUCAGGAAAACAAUAAUAAUUGCAACAACUUUGACUUAAAGGCCCAGCAUUCGCCUACUACAGUAGCCAUGAGUAAUAUUUUGCGCGCCCAGUUAGACGAGCUCAAGCAUCUACCACAGCCGUUGGGUAGUAACCUACUAUCUAGCAACGAGCAACAAGUUUGCAAAGACUUCAACCUGCCACCCACAACUUAUUUAUCACUAAAGACGUUGCUGCUAAGCGGCGCGCCACUUGUUAACAACUUGUCGCCAGUUGAAAAUUCGCUACGGAAGUACUUUAUAAAAGUUGGUUGGCUAAGUCACUAGAAUUAACCUAGGAAAGAUGAGCAUUUGUAGAAAUAUAUGUGUAAUGGCCCUAUUAUAUAUGACGACUGAUAACCGGUGGGCAACCAUAUACUAAAAUUCGCAUUACGUAUAGCAACUCGCUACUACCUAUCGGCUAAUGACGUAUCACCAUUUUCUGUUUCCCUCUUAUGGCGAUUUUGUUAUUUGUUUACAUAAAUUGACAAACCCCAUAGGAGCAAAGUGGCUAAUUACUGUAAAAAAAGUAAACUCGGAUAUUCUCUGCGCUUUUCUGUAUACGAGAAUAAUCGCUAUACGUAAUACAAAGUACGAUACUGAUAGGCAAGCUACUAGACAGCAGUCGCCAUAAUGGGGCCAAAAUUUACACAAAAACUUGGAUAUUAAACUAAUUGUUUUGAAUUGAAAGCUAAUAUGUAGAAACUUAAAUUUUUGUUGUCAUAGUCUUCGUCUGUUAAUGCUAACAGACUUUCUGGCGAUACUUUUGCAAUAAUUUAAUUGAUAAUUUGUAGGUAUAAAUUAGAUUUAUAAAUGUUUAACGCGCAUAAAUAUUAUACAUUUGAAAAAUACUAGCAAUACACCUAUCCAUCUACAUACGUAGCAUAACCUUUAGAAUUAGUUAUCAAUAACUUAAAUCUCUAAACGCUUACUUGUAUCAAGUUUUCAAUUAGGUUUUGUGCAACCACACUUUUUGUUCCAAGUAUAGAUUAAAUGAUUGAACUGAAUUUUCAAAAAUACAAUGUAUACAUAUGUAUGUAUGUUAGUAUAAAACCAAUUUGCUUACACUUAAGUAGUUAGCCUUUUAUUAGACUGGUAUAAAAAAGGCAAGCUUCAGUUAAAUAAAAUUGGGAUCCACUAUAACUGGAAACUAUA